CAGACCUCUUCAAAAAGAUGCUAAAAGCAAAAUUGGCAAAUACAGAGAAUAAGGCUCCUACUCUGAAGACAAACAAGUCAUGGACUAAAGAAGAAAAAUCAAGAACAGGGUUUGAGAAAGUAGUAGACAAAGAAAGGAAAG